UGGUUCUUUCGGGCUAGAGGAAUCCUGAAUUUGUGGAUUAUCCAUAUAUACUUUGAGACAUGCUUUAGAUGUUUUUUUCUGGAAGCCUUGCAUCUGCCCUAAAAAUUGAAUGUAUUGUAGAACAGACCUAUGGCCAGUGGUAGCAGAAUCUGCAUAGAACUAUGCUCCGCGGUGUUCUGGGAAAAACCUUUCGACUUGUUGGCUAUACUAUUCAGUAUGGCUGUAUAGCUCACUGUUUUGAAUACGUUGGUGGUGUUGUCAUGUGUUCUGGACCAUCAGUGGAGCCUACAAUUCAAAAUUCAGAUAUUGUCUUUGCAGAAAAUCUUAGUCGACAUUUUUAUGGUAUCCAAAGAGGUGACGUUGUGAUUGCAAAAAGCCCAAGUGAUCCAAAAUCAACCAUUUGUAAAAGAGUAAUUGGUUUGGAAGGAGACAAAAUUCUCACCAAUAGUCCAUCAGAUUUCUUUAAAAGCCAUAGUUAUGUGCCAACAGGUCAUGUUUGGUUAGAAGGUGAUAAUCUACAGAAUUCUACAGAUUCCAGGUAUUAUGGACCUAUUCCAUAUGGACUAAUAAGAGGACAUAUCUUUUUCAAGAUUUGGCCUUUGAGUGAUUUUGGAUUUCUACGUGACAGCCCUAAUGGCCACAGAUUUUCUGACGAUUAGCAAGCAUUUAUUGUUUUGAUUUUUCUCUCCAAGUGAAUUUAUUAUUGCCACUGAAACCAUGUACUUACUAAUAAACUAUUUG